AUGGCUUCGAAAACAACGUCAAUUCUUCUAAGAAGAGAGCCUCCACUCUCGUUCAUGGAGCAUCUGAGCUCUUCCGUAUCAUACUAUUGUCCAAAGGAUGCUAUUCCUCUCAACAAUAAAAGCGACAACGACAAUGCCCCAAUCGAUCAACGCCGCCAUCCAGAACUCAUCCUCGUUCUCAGCUGGAUGGGUGCCCGAGACGUUCACAUAGAAAAAUACAUUGCCCAACACCGCGUGCUCUUUCCCUCGUCCCGAAUCCUUCUCAUCCGCUCUCCUGCAUCGCAUGUCUUUUGGCCAAGCCUCGCUCGCAGACAUAUCCCGCCGGCAAUCCGAAUCCUCAGACAAUUCGCAGAGUCAGAGACAAGGGCCACGAAUAACAGCAGAAACAGCAGGCCCAGAGUCUUGUUGCAUAUCCUCUCCAACGGUGGCGUCAGCACAGCUGCAAGAAUCCGGGAACUCCUGAGAAAGGAGUUGGGCAGAGACGGUGCCGGGAACAAGCUCGUCAUCCCUCGAUAUGCCCUCUGUCUGGAUUCAUGUCCAGGCAACUUCGUCUGGAAAAGCACCCACCAAGCUCUCCUCCAAUCUUUGCCUCGCUGGACCUCCCCGUUGGUGCACUUUGUCAUCGCGGUCGCCUGGCUGAUAUACAAGCUUCGCCUCACCCGGCCUGCUCAGAAUCUCAAUGCUGAAGCCUUAAGGAGAGGAAGCCUACUCCCCAGAGAAACACAGAGGACCUAUCUGUACGGAACGGCAGACGCCAUCAUCGACUGGCGCCAGGUCGAAGAUCAUGCGAGAAGGGCAGAGGAGUCAGGCUUCAAGGUACGAAAGGAGAAGUUUGAAGGCGGAGAGCAUGUAUCACUUGUAAGAAAAGAGAGUCAAAGGUAUUGGCAGGCAGUAAAGGAGACAUGGCAUGAGGCUGAUCUCGACGCCAAAAAGACGACUAGCCAGGUGUGA